AUGAGAAUUGAUCGAUAUGGCUUUAAUAAAAAGAAAGCUGAUGAUCGCAAGGAUUUUUUAAGUAAUUAUGAAACCGGUAUUUACAUGAAUCACGAUGAGCAAGAAAUCACAAUAACGGAUUUUAUAAAGAAUGAUCUUUUUUCGUCGAGCGAUAAUGAACCCGGGGCUGUUUUAGAACGAGCGGCAUAUCAUCAAAAAUUAAGUCCAACGCAUCCCUGGUAUCGUGGGCUCCAGGGUGAAAUUGAACACGAGUACAAAGAAGAUCAUACGACAACUACCGUAGACUUUAAGUUAUCGCCAACAAGUCUAAGAGAUUCUUUAGAAGGAGGGCUUGAAAAACAAGCUCGACCAUCGGAACGUCGAACGUGGUAUGUGUGUUUCGAUGGAUUUGAGAAAUGCCAAAGGAAUUUUACUGAUACAGAUAGUUUAGAAGACAGUUGA